CUUGUGCUCUGCUCUUCGUUCGCCUUUCACCGCGCUGCCUUCCAUGCUGUGCGCUGUGUUUCUAUAGCCCCCGUAUGUUUAUCGGUUUUAGCGAGAAAAAAAGUAGGCUGGUUGGCUGGUAUAGCUAAAUCGCAUCGCACCAGCGACGAAAACACUUACGGAAAAGGGAAAUUGUGGCCUUUCGGGUUUUGUUCUUUCACCCUGCGCGAAGGAAUUGGAAUCCGUUGUUGGUUGCACUUUUUCACAGCGGUGGCGUAGAGUGACUUGGCAAGUUUUUUUUUUAUGUGUGUUACUCUCUUAUAUCCGUGGUGCUUUUGAAAACGGACCGAAAAGCGCAUUGGUGCAUUCCAUAUCGUGCCCACGUAGACCAAAUAUUUUUUUUUGUCUGUGACGCUGUGUGCGUGCGUGUGUGCUAAAAGGAGAGGAAAACGGGAGGAACCUUUAUCAGGGUGAAAGUUGUUUUGGGGGGGGGCGGGGGUGGUCUUAGAUAAACGCAGGGAUGCGUAGUUACGCUAGGUGACCGGGGAGGAUUUGUGUUGAGCUGGCACCUUAGCAUUAUAAGGCGGUGACAGGCAGGCACCACCCCCCAAUUUCACGGUCCGCUUUGUGGGCCAAUGUCAAUCGCACCCCCGAUCGGGUGCACUUAAGAAGCAAGCGAAACCGACGCGUCGCAUUCCCCGUCCGAAAAGCGUAUCAAUCAACCGGCAAACCCUCUGCCCGUAACAAGGGGAAGCGUCUCCCACGCACGUAUCAAUCAACGGCAGUACACCGUACCCGUAGCCGGCCACAAUCAGACUGAUCCUUGCCAGCUUUUCCUCUUCACAUCGCACGGGGUCAAACAGCAGCGUGCAAAAUGGCGCUGAAAAUGGUAAAAGGCAACCUGGAGCGGAUGUUUGACAAAAACCUAACCGAUCUGGUGCGAGGCAUACGAAACAACAAAGAUAACGAGGCCAAGUACAUUGCACAGUGCAUCGAGGAAAUUAAGCAGGAGCUGCGGCAGGACAACGUCAGCGUGAAGAGCAAUGCGGUCGCGAAGCUAACGUACCUGCAGAUGUGCGGCUACGAUAUCUCGUGGGCCGGCUUUAACAUCAUCGAGGUGAUGAGCUCGAAUCGGUUCACCUGCAAACGUAUCGGAUAUCUUGCUGCCAGCCAGUGCUUCCACCCGGACAGUGAACUGCUGAUGCUGACGACGAACAUGAUCCGGAAGGAUCUAAGCUCCACCAAUCAGUACGAUGCGGGCGUUGCACUGUCCGGGCUAAGUUGCUUCAUCUCGACCGAUCUGUCGCGGGAUCUUGCCAACGACAUCAUGACGCUGAUGAGUUCCACCAAACCGUAUCUGCGCAUGAAGGCGGUACUGAUGAUGUACAAAGUGUUUCUCCGGUACCCGGAAGCACUACGGCCGGCCUUUCCGAAGCUGAAGGAAAAGCUCGAGGAUCCCGACCCGAGCGUACAGUCUGCGGCCGUUAAUGUGAUCUGUGAGCUGGCGAGGAAAAAUCCGAAAAACUAUCUAUCGCUUGCGCCGAUCUUCUUUAAGCUGAUGACGACUUCGACCAACAACUGGAUGUUGAUUAAAAUUAUCAAACUGUUCGGUGCUUUAACUCCGCUAGAACCCAGAUUAGGCAAAAAGCUAAUUGAACCGUUGACCAAUUUAAUCCAUAGCACGUCGGCAAUGAGCCUGCUGUACGAGUGCAUCAAUACCGUGAUUGCUGUACUGAUAAGCAUCAGCAGUGGAAUGCCAAAUCAUAGCGCUUCCAUACAGCUGUGCGUCCAGAAGCUUCGUAUCCUGAUCGAGGAUUCGGAUCAAAAUCUGAAAUAUCUUGGCCUGCUCGCAAUGUCCAAGAUCUUGAAAACCCAUCCGAAGAGUGUGCAAACGCACAAGGAUCUGAUACUGGCCUGUUUGGACGACAAGGACGAAUCGAUACGAUUGCGGGCGCUCGAUCUGCUGUACGGUAUGGUGUCGAAGAAGAACCUGAUGGAAAUCGUACGCCGGCUGCUCGGCCAUAUGGAACGUGCCGAGGGUUCAUCGUAUCGUGACGAGCUGCUGUACAAGGUGAUCGAGAUAUGCUCACAGGGUUCGUACCAGUACGUCACCAACUUCGAGUGGUAUCUAACCGUGCUGGUGGAGCUGAUUUUGCUCGAGUCCGGUUCGCGGCAUGGUCGUCUAAUUGCCGCCCAACUGCUGGACGUGGCGAUACGCGUACAGGCGGUCCGUACAUUUGCGGUGAACGAGAUGGCAUCGCUCCUAGCGACGUACCCAGUGACCGCAGCACCGAACGGUACGAUGCAGGAGGUGCUGUAUGCGGCUGCCUGGAUUGUGGGUGAGUUUGCCACCCAUCUGGACUGGCCGGAACGUACACUAGCGGUGCUGCUGCAACCGAAACCGGUUGCCGGCCACAUCCAGGCGGUGUACGUGCAGAAUGCGCUGAAACUGUUCGCCCAUCUGGUCGGUGAAGCGGUACGCAGCCGGGAUGCGGCCGCCAUCGAUCGGUACUGCCAAAAGCUGCACGACGGUCUGCGCAGUUACCUCAGCUCGGCGGAUAUCGAGGUGCAGGAGCGUGCCAGUUCCGUGUACUUCCUGGUCGCCCUGCUCCGGGAGUCGCUCGGUGCGGUCGAACCAACCGUCCCGGUGGGUGGUUUGCUCGAACUAACGCCCGAUACACCGGUCACCCCGGCGACCGAAGACGAACAGGGCCCGGACGGGGCGUCGAAUGCUACCUCAGGUUACGCCAAUGCCGCAUGGGACGAGAUCGAACAGAUUGCGGCCGAUAUGCAGGGAUUGUUCGCUAGCGAGCUGAAUCCGGUCGCACCGAAAGCACAGCGUAAGGUGCAACUGCCGGACGAUCUUGAUCUGGACGAAUGGAUCAAUCAGCCGCCGGCAUCAGCGGACGCAAGCAGUGUGGACGGUGGUUCGAGCGAUGAGGACAAAUUCCCACUGUUCCUGACGGACGGUACCGGGCGGGGUGGUGCCGGUGGAGAACGUGAAACAAAUGGUGGUGGCGGAUCGCGUUCAUAUAAGCGCGUAGAGUACACACAGGAAGAGCUUGAUAAGAUGAGACAAGCACGACUGCUGGAGCAAACCAACAAUCCAAACUAUCUGAAACCGGCCAAAAAGAAGUCACCAUCCGCCGACUAUCAGCACGACGGUUACGACGAUAUACCGAUCGCUGAAAUAGCACUCGAAGUGCCGCUCCAAAUACAUUCCACAAAACGUUCGGAUAAGUAUCUCGUCGAUGCGGAUCGGGCAACGCGCGAACUCGUCGGCAAGGGAUCGUCACGCAAGGGCGGCAAAGGUGAAAAGAGUGGUACGGGCAAAAAGUCGAAACGGCAUGGCAAGAAGAACAAACGCUACUCGGACGAGUCCGACACGGAAAGCGAUGAUCCCAAACCGCUGCACGUCGUUAAUACGGUAAUUGAGCUACCGGAAGGUGCAAUACUGUCCGACACGGAGGAUAAGAACAAUGCCGACCCGAACGAUCCACACCGGGCACUUGAUAUUGAUCUGGAUGCCCCGUUCGAUGACGACUAUCCAGCGGCAAUGAAGCGAAAAUCAGCCAAUACCACCCAGCAUCACGGUAUGAUGCUGUUACGGGAUGGAGACGGUAGUACGAACGCCAAAGCCACCCGAGCCGGCACGACUGAUCCUGGCGAGGAGCAACAACACCAGCCACGGCACGGUAACCGCUCAUCGUUGAAGCACACGAAACCGACGGCGGAACCCGAUGAUGGCACCGGUCCGGAACGUAAUACACGGGAAAAGCAAAAGAAAAAGAAAAAAUCUUCCGGUAAGGAACAUUCCGCCUCAUCGUCCGGUGUGAAGAAGAAGGCAAGCGAACAGUCGGACACGAUGAUGCUGAUGAUCGAUGAGGAACCGUGCAAACCGGAACCGGACAAUGGUGCGAAGGGACGAACGAAACGGGAAAACAAAACUAAGGUAGCGAAGCAGGAGGGAAAAGAGGAGGAAGAGAUGGAAGCCAAAGGCACGAAGAAGAAGCAUAGCAAAAAGUCAUCGAAACACCAUCAUCAUAGCAAGCGGGACGCAGACCGGCCGAAGGUGGGUUAUGAAGAGAUGCCGGCACAAGUAGGCGGUAACGGCAGUAAGGAUGCAGUUUAAUCUGUUUUAUCGGUUGCUACAUGCAAACGUGCUAAGUGAAGAUGAAUUUCGUUCAGAGGAGGGAGCACAAUGAGCAAAACGAAAACGAAUGAAGAGUCCUUUUUGUUUUCCUUAAUCCAGUUUAAGUGUGUGCGGAGCGGGGGGAUUCGUUUUUUUUCUCUCUCGCAUUGUUUUACGCCACACACAUACUGCGCAGUAAAUACGCAAACAAACAUCUCCCGUUACCGUAUCCGUAUAUUGUAAGCUAACUGAAUGAGCCACACAGGAACAAAUCCCCAUUUUCGUACGGGGAACAAAUACGGGGAAAUAUUGAACGAUCCGAAUACUCGCUACACCACCCAAAAGUACCAAAAGUACGCGAAGGAUUCGUAUCAGGUUGUUCCAAAAAAUCGCUUAAUAUUGAGCGCCUUCUCGUACACAGUGUAGUGGUGGGAAAACGCAAGAAAUUUAAAUUUUUCCAAAUUUUCUAAGUGAGAUAAAAGAAAAAAAAAGAAAGCAAGAUGCGGAAGAAGAAACAAAAAGGAAUGGAAUAAUUUCAUUAUUCCGCCGUACGCGAUUCCGGCAAAGGACAGUAAUAGCCCCAGUUAGCAAAAUGUGGUAGUUUGGUGUGUCCCCUUUCGUCUCAUAAUAUAUUAUUGUCAAUACAAUUAAUUACUAUUAUUAUUGCCAUUAUGAGAUCUGUAUUAAUAUUAAAAAUUAACAAAUGAUUCCUUCCAUCUCCGUUCCUUACGCAGUUGGUGAUUUUCUUUGUUUCCACUUUUUUUUAAAUAAUUAAUUAUUAACCUGAUAACUGAUUAAUUGUAAAACGCUCCAAACUCGAUGGCAUCGUGAUCUCUUGCUUUUGGUCCACAUUCAUAACACACAUCCAGCUUUUGUUUUACAUGCAUUCGGUUGUGAUUCUUUCGUUGUUUCCGUAAACGUAAUCAUCUCUUUGCGAGAUUAAAACAUUUACUACCUAAAAAACAAUAGUUGCGCCCUUUUAAAACACAAGACACAUAAUACAAACCGUAAUGUAAUGAACGCUUCGCCUUACUAACCCUCUAAUUCAUCUUUAAACAAACAAAAAAAACGUACCACAGUCCUUUUUAAACAAAACGCAGAUGCAAGACAGAUGAAAGAAUUAAUGCUUGCGCGCUUUCGAGGUAACGACGAGAAUGAUAUGUUAUUGAAAAGAUUAUAAUUAUUAUCAUUAUACAACAAUAACAAACAAAAACUGAUUAAUCAUUGUAAUUCGAAAACAUACAAAAAAAGGAAAGAAGUUCUUUCUCUUAUUUUAAAAGCGAUGCGAUAUGUUUCAGUUCUAUAUAUUUUUUUGUUUUUGGAAAAAUAAACAAUUACAAAAAAUGUUACAAU